CUCCGUAGCCAUUUUGGCUCAAGCCAGCUCCCGCGCGGAUGGUUCAAGGGCCCGCUUCUGGCGAAAGCCUAUCGGCGGCCCUUCGCUCCAGCGCGCGGCGGAUGGCGCGGGAUGCUGCCCUCGAUGGCGGCAAGGCUUCCUCCUCAGCGGCUCGCCGGUCUGCCCGGAAGGCCGCCGCUGCUUCUGCUGAGCGUGCGGUCCAUCACUUCCGAGCUGAAGCUGAGGGCUGGAAAAAGAAGUACUACGAUCUGGCCUUCUCCCUGGGUUCGGACAGGUGCCCUCAGCUGGGUCCUCGGCUGGCGGCCGCGGCGCCUGCGCUGGAGGCACUGCUCUUGGACGAGCCCGUGGAGCACACUGAUGUCCUUCGACGGAACGUUGCCCUGCAUUCGGUUGCCGAGGGGAUCGACAUCGUCACCGCCUCGCCUGCCGAGCUCAACUCUGCGCAACGUGGGCCUCGCUUGGGAGCCAGGCCCCCAUGUGUUGUGGCGGCUUCCUUUACUGCACUUCGGGUAUGCGCGGCGCCCUUUGUGCCUGGAGCUGCCGCUCAUCAUGGGUUUCUUGAUGGGGUCAGUUUAUGCCGUGGUGACUUCAAAGAUGUAGUCGUUCCUGUUCCUUGUGGUGAAGAUGGCCUUGGUGACAAUGCCACCGCGGUGGAGGUCUCAAUGGACAUGGAUGUUGAGCACAUCUCCGUUGUCGAGGAGCAGCUGCGCUCUUGGGAGGCUUUGGGUGCCGCGUCCCGCUCCUUUGUGCGCAGGCGUCGGCGCCUUGACGGCGGCAUGCGGUUGACAUCAGCUCCGAUUUCGGAAUCUCCCAACACCGCCAGGGGAGGGUACGACUAUUCAGGUGACGAGGUCAUCGUCGGAGGCCCCGUUCCAGUGCUGUGGGUUCCGCGUGACCUGCCGCCCGACCCUGGAGAGGGCCGCCUCUUCUCCUGAGAUGGCGACUGGUACCCUCAUUUUCGUGUUCGUCAUUGUCGGCAUAUGCUGGUUCUGGGUAUUGGCACUUUGCGUCGUAUGGCAUUGUUGUUUUCUCGUGCGGGGUUCAUUUUCCUGGUUCGGCCUCAAAGGUGCGGGCUGUAUGGCGUGCAGCUGUCCGACGAGAUCUACGGCGUUAUUGUGCUGCUCCUCAUUUCUGGUUUAUUCUGUCAGUGUUCGGCAUGGAGGUGUACUUCAUCAGAUGCUGGGAGUUGCCGUUUUCUUUGGGCUUUUCCGUCUUCUUCGAUUUCGGCUACUCCUUCAUCUCUUUCCUCAUUGACUUGGGGUCCUUGAGCGCGGAUGUCAA